GACACAAGCGGAGAGAGUGAGAAAGCCACGCUGCUGUAGAGGACCUCAAGGGCUCUUGCCCCGCUAUUUAGAAAGUCAAGCAGAAGGACAAGAGCAGCUGUUCAAACUGACGGACAACAUCCAGGAUGAGUUCUUCAUAGCAGUGGAGAACAUAGACAGCUACUGUGUUCUCAUUUCAUCUAAAGCUGUGUAUUUCCUGAAGAGUGGGGAUUACACAGACCGCGAGGCCAUCUUCCUUGAAGUCAAGUAUGAUGAUCUCUACCACUGCCUUGUGUCAAAAGACCACGGGAACGUGUACAUACAGUUGACGAAGAAAGCUGUUAAUACAAGUAGUGGUGUGGCAAUGCCAGGCCCAUCACAACAAAAACCGAUGGUGAAAGUGAAAUCUGAAGUUCUUGCCGUAAAGCUGUCUCAAGAAAUAAACUAUGCAAAGAGCCUUUAUUACGAACAACAGCUUAUGUUAAGACUCAGUGAAAAUCAAGAACAAUUAGAGCUGGACUCUUGAAACCUCUUCCUUACUGCCAGAGUGACUGCAAGGACCAGUCUGGAGCCAACGCUGCUCUGUAACUAGAGAACGUGCCACGUGGGAAGGAGAUAAAGAUAAUCUUAGUAUUUA